AUGGAAAUCCUUAAGUGCUAAUACCUUAACCAUAAAAAUGAAGAAAUAAUUGGAUUUUGUUUGAAUAUAUAUUGUUAAAAUGCAUCCUAAUAUUGUAAGGAAUGUUUAACAACAAUUCAUUAAGGACAUUAAAAUGAUUGCGUUCAAUUAAAUUAGCUGAAUUAAAAUAUUAAUGAAUUCAUAGAAGCCUUCAAUCACUCAAGUGAAUAAUAAAAAAUAAUGAAGACGCAACUUUAGUAGAUUUUUGAGGACAUUUUUAACAUACAAGAAAAAGAAAUUACAAAAUUAAAGGAAAUAAACUAGCAACUUCUAAACAAAGAUUUCUUUACUUUUAAGUCCUCAAUAAACAUAUUAAAGCAGCUUUCUUUGAAUGGAAAAGAUAAUGAACUAUGUAUUUGCUAUACAAAAUUUUAAUAGAAAAACUAAUAAUAUCAUUAAAUAAUAUUCUUAAUGCAGUUAAGAUAAUACUUACAGAUUUAGAUUAAAAGCAUGAUUAGUUUAAUGCAGUUGAUAGAAAUAUUAUUAAAGUCCUAGAAACUGAAAUAGAUGUUGAAGUGAAAAAACCGCCAAGCAUUUAAGAGGCUUAGGAAGUAUAUAAGGAAGGUAUAAUGAAAUGAGAAAUUAGGGUUGGCGUUACACAAUUCGAAGAAAUAUUAAGAUGCAAUUUUAUUUUACGAGAGAGCUAUUGCAAUAAAUCCAUAUUUUGACUCAGUGUGGAAUAAUAAGGGUGCUGAAUUUAUAAAUAUCAUAUAUGUAGGACUCGCAUUACAUAAUUUGUGUAAAUAUUAAGAAGCAAUUGAAUGUUACGACAAAGCUAUUGCAUUAAAUUCUAACUUUGAUUCCGCAUGGAAUAAUAAAGGUACUGAAUUGAUAAUCAUCAUUAUGUAGGACUAGCAUUACAUAAUUUGAAUAAAUAUUAAGAAGCAAUUGAAUGUUACGACAAAGCCAUUCUAACUAAUCCUAAAUAAUUUAGAGCAUGGAAUAAUAAGGGUACAUAAUUAUUAUACUUAGGAUGGGAAUUAAUUAAUUUGAAUAGAUAUUAAGAAGGAAUUGACUGCAUCAACAAAGCAAUUGAAAUAAAUCCAAGAUAUAAAAAGGCUUGGAAUUAUAAAGGUAAAUAUUCUUCCGACAAUUUAAUUUUAGGAUUAGCAUUAAAAGAAUUGAAAUAAUAUUUAGAAGCUAUUGAAUGUUUCGAUAAUGCUAUUUUAAUACAUUCAAAUUAUGAUAUAGCAUGGUAGAAUAAGGGUAUUUAAAUGAAAAAUCUUAUAAGGUUUGUCGUUACAGAAUUUGAAUAAAUAUUAAGAAGCUAUUGAAUGUUUUGAAAAAGCUAUUUAAUUGAAUCCUUAAUGUUUUAGUGCAUGGAAUUAUAAGGGUAUUAUUUGAAGAUCAUAAAUAUUUAGGCUUGGCAUUAAAGAACCUGAGUAAAUAUUAAUAAGCAAUUGAAUGUUUUAUAUAAGCUAUUGCAAUAAAUCCAGAUUUUGAUUAUACAUGGAAUAAUAGAGGUACUUAAUUGUUAAAUAAAAUAUUUAGGAUUGUCAUUACAUAAUUUGAAGAAAUAUUAAGAAGCAAUUGAAUGUUAUAGCUAAGCUAUUUUAAUAAAUCCAGAUUUUUGUGAAGCAUGGAAUAAUAAAGGUAAAAAUUGUUACAUAUUAAUAUUUAGGAUUGGCAUUACACAAUUUAAAUAAAUAUUAGGAAGCAGUUGAAUGCUAUCAAAGAGCAAUUCUAAUAAAUCCAUAUUUUGAAUACGCAUUAAAUAAUAUGGGUAAUUUAACUUUGAACCACAUUUUUUAGGAUUGUCACUAGAAAAAUUGUAUAAGUAUUAGAAAGCUAUUAAAUGCUAUGAAGAAGCCAUCGUGAUUAAUCCUGAUUUUGAGUACGCAUUUAAUAAUAUGGGUAUUUUAUUUCUCGAAUUUUUAUUUAGGAGUUUCUUUAUACAAUUUAAAUAAAUAUUAAGAAGCAAUUGAAUGUUAUGAGAAAGCUAUUGAAAUCAAUCCCUAUUAUGAGAGAGCAUUCAAUAAUAUGGGUAAUUUAUUCUUAAAGCUUUUAUCUAGGAUUAUCGCUACACAAAUUAAAUAAUUAUUAAGAAGCAAUAAUAUUUUAUGAAAAAGCUAUUUCAAUAAAUCCUAAUUUUGAUUAACCAUGGAAUAAUAAAGGAUUAGUGCUACACAAUUUGAAUAAAUAUUUGGAAGCUAUAGAGUGCUAUGAUAAAGCUAUUUUAAUCAAUCCGUUAUUUGAUUAAGCAUUCAAUAAUAUGGGUAAUUUAUUCUUAAAGCUUUUAUUUAGGAUUAUCAUUACACAAAAUAAAUAACUAUUAAAAAGCAAUAAUAUGUUAUGAUAAAGCUAUUUCAAUAAAUCCUAAUUUUGAUUAACCAUGGAAUAAUAAAGGUACUUAAUUGUUAAAUAUAAAUAUUUAGGAUUGGCUUUAAAUAAUUUGGAGAAAUAUGAAGAUGCAAUUGUAUGUUUUAGGCAUGCUACUUUAUUAAAUUCAAAUUUUAAUGAAGCAUGGAAUAAUUAAGGUGAAUAAUGGUUUAAUAUUCCUAUUUAGGAUUGGCACUACAGAAUGUGCAUUAAUUUUAAAGCGCAAUUGAAUGUUACAAAAAAGCUAUUGAAUUAAAUCCUAACUUUGAUUUCGUAUGGAAUAAUAUGGGUAGAAGAAAUAUUUUCAAUAUUUAGGAUGGGCAUUACAUCAUUUAAAUAAAAGUGAGGAAGCAAUCCAAUGUUAUAUUAAAGCUAUUUCUAUAAAUCCUAAAAAUUAAAAAGCUUGGAAUAAUAAAGGUACUUAUUACUUCAUAUUAUUUUUCAGGAUUGUCACUAAUCAAAUUGAAUUUAUAUUAAGAGGCCAUCGAAUGUUACAACAAAGCUAUUACAAUAGAUCCUUUAUUUGUUAAAGCAUGGUAUAAUAAAGGUACUGUAAUUUUCUUAUUAUUCUUAGGAUUAGGAUUACAACAUUUAAAUAAUUAGAAAGUGGCAAUUGAAUGCUACGAAAAAGUAAUUUAGAUUGAUCCUAAACAUUUUAGAGCAUGGAAUUGUAAAGGUUGAUAUUAUUAUAUAGUUAUAUAUAGGAUGGGCAUUACACUAGUAACGUAAUUUUUAAGAAGCAAUCGAAUGUUACGACAAAGCUAUUUCAAUUAAUCCUAAUUUUGAUUGUCCAUAGAGCAACAAAGGUUAUUAAUCUUCAAAUAUCAAUAUUAAGGGUUGGCAUUAUAGUAGUAGAAAAAUUAUUAAUUAGCAAUCUAAUGUUACGAUAAAGCUAUUUAAAUUAAUCCAAAGUGUGAAACAGCAUGGAGUAAUAAAGGUAUAUUAGAUUCUAAUUAAGGCGUUACACUACACAAAUUAAAAAAAUAUACUGAUGCCAUUUUUUGUUAUGACAAAGCUCUUACAAUUUCACUUAAUCCAAUAAGAUUAAAAAGAAAAGGUAAAUUCAUUUUUCCUUUUUAGGCGAUUCACUAUUUCAAUAAGGGAAGAAAGGAGAAGCUUAAGAAUGUUAUUCGCAGGCAAUUUAACUAGGAUUCAAUGAUAAGGAGGCUAUAUAGAAAAAACUAUGUAAGUUAUGAAGUAGCUCUUAUAAAUAAAUUUAUUUAAUUUUAUUUAAAGUAAUAAGAAAUGCCAAAUAUUCUGAAGACGAAAUGUUCUUAUCAAUAUUUUUUGAAAAGAAUCAAAUAUUCAUUCUUUAAUCAAAUAUAUUUUAAUUGA